CGCCCUGCCCGCGGCCUCCCUCUGUGCUCUUUCUCUCUGCUCGAGGGAGUUGGUUGUUGAGCCCACGGCUCAGACCUUUCAGGCAGGUUUCUGUCACCUGUUUGCUGCGACUUGCAGUUGCUCUUGCUUUUUUACUUCUCCGGCCAGUACUCUUCCCAUCACUCUUUUUUGGCUACGAAAAUCCCUCCCCCUCCCCCCAGGUUGUACAUUCCCAAGGGUCUGGUUCGAUCCAUACGUCUGAAUUGGUUGCCAGCGUGUGCUUUUAAAAAUCUCAUAAAAAUCUGCUUAACAUCUUUUUGGGGAAAUUAUGUCUUAUGACUUUAGAAUCUUUGUGCAUGUGACAGCCGGACUGAGAUCACAGAAAUUGCUUUUAGGGUGGGAAUGGACGCUGCAUCUUACAUUUUCUCCCUACUUCGGGGAGCCGUUGUCAUUUAAAUGUCAUCUAUAUCAGAUUGCCUUCCUUUACUUGUCUGCGGCCUGUAAGCGCUGGAGUUGAUGAUACUUUCCUCAGCUAUUGUUCCUGUUCACAAUUUCAUGUCCUUUCCUGGCAGUACCUGCGUGGGCUUCUGGUACCCUUCAUCCAAUACACGUUCAGUGGAGGCUGAGGGCACUCACACAGUUGUGCACAGGGCAGAGAUGAUAAUCCCCGAACUCCCUGUUUGUUUGUUUUGUAAUGUAUUUUUCUGAACACUUUUUUGGGGGAGAAGGGGAUCAAAAUUGAGCUUCUCAGUGGUUUUUCCUUAGGCUAAUUUUUGUUUGGUAUUCUUCACUUAGCUUGCAGUUACUAAGUUUGUGAUGUGGCAGAGUAUGCAGUUUGGAGACCUGUGAACAAUGUUGGUUAACUUUGUUGGACUUUGUGAGUAGAAGUAAAGCAAGAAUUUUCUACCUCAAUAAUUGAGGUUUGACUGUGAGAAAUAAUGUGUGGGAAAGUCGCCUUGUCAACGCGACUAUAGCUUUCCUCAAAAUGAUCUUAAGUAAAUACAUUUGUCAGGUUUUUAUUGUAUCUGUCCCGUUCAGCCUUUUUUUCCCUUAUGCAUCUGUAAGUGCUCAUUUCCUAUAAAUUAAUGACAUUUAUCAUCUUUCUUGUUUUGAGUCAUGUGUCUUAUAGCUAUUACAUUUUUCCUCAGGACAGAAAGAUUCCUAGAGCUAAUGUCUCAGAGGAAAUUUGAGGAAAUUAAGAAGGCUAAUCAAGCUGCAGCCAAAAAACUUGUUGAAGAACAUUUUAGCUCUUCAUCUGAAGAGGAAGGAGAUGAAGACUUUGAAGGGAAACAGGGAAAAAUAGUUACUAAUACAUUUAUAACAUACACUACUCAAACGGAUGGAGAUACACGUGAAUUAGAGCGAACAAAACAAUAUGUAAAUGAAGCUUUUCAAGCAGGGGCUAUGACAUGCUUAAUUUGUAUUGCUUCGGUGAAGAGAAACCAAGCAGUUUGGAGCUGUUUGGGAUGUUUCUGUAUAUUUCAUAUGCCCUGUAUCCAGAAGUGGGCUAAAGAUAGCCAGUUUCUUCUGUCUUCUCUGACGGAUGAUGAUUUUGGAACAAGAGAUUAUCCUUGGCCUUGUCCAAAAUGUAGGUUUGAAUACAAACGAUCAGAAACACCUAGUAGAUACUACUGCUAUUGUGGAAAAGUAGAAGAUCCACCUUUAGAUCCAUGGCUUGUGCCUCACUCAUGUGGCCAAGUAUGUGAGAGAGACUUUAAACCACCUUGUGGCCAUAAGUGUUUACUCCUCUGUCAUCCAGGUCCUUGCCCUCCUUGUCCAAAGAUGGUCACAACUACUUGUUACUGUAAGAAAGCAAAACCCAUCCCUCGUAGAUGUAGUGCCAAGGAAUGGUCCUGUCAGCAGCCAUGUGGGCAGAAGUUGCUUUGUGGGCAGCAUCAGUGUGAAAAUCCUUGUCAUGCAGGAAAUUGUCCACCCUGUCCAAGGGUUAGUAGACAAAAAUGUUUCUGUGGCAAAAAAGUAACUGAAAGAAGUUGUGCAAGUCCAGUGUGGCACUGUGAUGAAGUAUGUGGGAAAACACUGCCUUGUGGUAAUCAUACCUGUGAGCAAGUUUGUCAUGUUGGUGCUUGUGGAGAUUGUCCUCGAUCUGGGAAAAGGUUCUGUCCAUGUCAGAAAUCAAAGUUUUCUUUACCUUGUACAGAAGAUGUACCAACUUGUGGAGACAGUUGUGACAAAGUGCUGGAGUGUGGAAUCCAUAGAUGCUCACAACGUUGUCACCGAGGUCCUUGUGAAACGUGUAGACAAGAAGUGGAAAAGCAUUGUCGCUGUGGAAAGCAUACAAAACGAAUGCCAUGUCAUAAACCUUAUCUGUGUGAAACUAAGUGUGUUAAGAUGCGGGACUGUCAGAAGCAUCAAUGCAGGAGAAAGUGUUGCCCUGGAAACUGUCCACCUUGUGAUCAAAACUGUGGACGGACUUUAGGAUGUAGAAACCAUAAGUGUCCAUCUGUCUGCCACAGAGGCAGUUGCUAUCCAUGCCCAGAAACUGUAGAUGUGAAAUGCAAUUGUGGUAGUGCAAAGGUGACAGUGCCCUGUGGUCGAGAACGAACCACAAGACCACCCAAAUGCAAGGAGUUGUGCAGUCAACCACCAGCAUGUCAUCAUACAAGUCGAGAAAAACAUCGCUGUCACUUUGGUCCUUGUCCACCUUGCCAUCAACCUUGUCAGAAAGUUUUGGAGAAAUGUGGUCACUUGUGUCCUGCUUCAUGUCACGAUCAAGCAUUAAUAAAGCAGACUGGCCGGCACCCACCUACAGGACCUUGGGAACAACCUUCUGAACCAGCAUUUAUUGAGACUGCAUUACCUUGUCCUCCAUGUCAAGUUCCAAUUCCUCUGGAAUGUCUUGGGAAGCAUGAGGUGAGUCCACUACCAUGCCAUGCUGUGGGGCCCUACUCCUGUAAGAGAGUUUGUGGAAGAAUCUUAGAUUGUCAGAAUCAUACAUGUUUGAAAGAAUGCCACAAAGUAACUGAAGUUGAUGGCUUUACUAGCAAAAACAAGGCUGGCCCAGAAUGCCUUCGUUGUGAAGAAGGGUGCUCUAAGUCUCGGCCCUUGGGUUGUCCUCAUCCAUGUGUUUUACCAUGUCAUCCUGGAGAAUGUCCUCCUUGUGUUCAGAUGCUUAGGAUAAAAUGUCACUGCAAGAUCACAAGCCUGUAUGUGGAAUGUAGAAAAAUAACUACAGCUGAUGUAAAUGAAAAGAACCUCCUCAGUUGUUGCAAAAAUCAGUGCCCUAAAGAGCUUCCUUGUGGUCAUAGAUGCAAAGAGAUGUGUCAUCCUGGUGAAUGUCCCUUUAAUUGCAACCAGAAGGUUAAACUUAGAUGUCCUUGUAAAAGAAUAAAAAAGGAAUUGCAGUGCAGUAAAGUACGUGAAAAUCAGGUUUCUAUAGAAUGUGACACAACAUGCAAGGAAAUGAAGCGGAAAGCAUCUGAGAUAAAAGAAGCUGAAGCCAAAGCUGCUCUUGAAGAGGAAAAACGAAGACAACAGGCUGAACUGGAGGCUUUUGAAAACAGAUUGAAGGGUCGUCGGAAGAAGAACAGAAAAAGAGAUGAAGUGGCAGUUGAGCUAUCGUUUUGGCAAAAAUACAGAUACUAUUUUCUUUCAGUGUGUGGAGUUGCAGUGGCAGUGUUUGCAUGGUACAUCACCGAUGGUACAAAUUAAAUAAAAUGCUUUAUCUUUUAAUAUACCUCAGAUUGAAUUUAGAUAAAUUGUUAAGUUUGGGAUAUUAAACAGUGUGUUUUGUAGAACGUAAUAUAUAUUCAUUCAUCUCUGUAUUCUCCAGCUCUUGUUAGAAGUACAGAAUGUUAAGCUUUAUCUUAAUUAGUAUUCUAGAAUGGACAGUAUAACACUUAAAGCAUGACUGAAAUUGUAAAAUAUUUCAUAAGGCUUAGCUAGUGACAGUUACAUGUUUGUCAUUCAUUGUGCUUCUUUGUAUUAGUUGUUUCAUUUAAUAUUUGAAACACAACUUUUUUGGAUUUUUUUAACUCAGAUGAAACUGACUGAGCCAUAUGUGUAGUUAAGAGGAAAAUUUCUCAAUGUUUCAGUUAUUUAGUACUUUUUUUGAUCAUGUAACUGUAUUUUUUAAGAAGUAAUUCUCUGAAAGACCUGUUAAAUUGUAACAUGAAGCUUUAUUAGAUUUUAGAAGUUGGUGAGAACUUAUCAGUCAUUGAAAUAAAUUUCAGUGUAUUCCUCAGAAAAGAUAGUUGUUUCAACAAAUGCAAGGCUAAGUUCCUCACAUAUGGCUGGUUUCUGUGCAAGUAGCUUUCAACUGAAGUUGGCAUGUUUUGUAAAACUUGUAUCUUUUAAAGAUAAUAAUAAAAGAAAAACUAAUAUUUAUGAGCAAUAUGUGCUGAGCACGGGGUUUAUAUAUGGAAAUGAUUCUCAUUUUUCUUUACCACAGUCUUAGGUAGAUUACAGCUAGAAAUAAUCCUUAUGAAAACAAAUCAGUGAGUACCACUAAGCCAGUUCUGUUGAAGUUGUUAAGUCUUUUUAAGUAGAUUUGCUAUUUAAUUUUUGUAUCGUUAAUAUUUUCAUUAAAACUUUCAUAUCAAAUUUCUAAUUAGAAUAUUUGUUAUUAUUUAAAACAUCUAGGAAACUGUAAUUUUAGGGUAGGGAUUAGUAUCAGUGUAUUUGAUGUAGAACUUAGAAACUGAUACUAAAAACAUCCAGCUGAAAAGUGGUGCAAGUGUAUUUUUAAACAGGAGUCCAAAGGAAGAUUGUAAAAUUUGUUGGAUUUAACUGAAAAAUCUUCAGUGUCAUUCUUUUUAAUCAGAUGUUAGCAGGUGUGCAGAAUUAAAGGGCAUUCAUUCA